GAAUCCGAUUUAUAUUCAAUAGGAUCACCUUAGAAGUUAGAAUUUAAUCUCAAAACAUAAUUGUAACAAAGUGGUAGAUUUCAAGAAAGGUAGGUACAUCAUUCAGUCGCUACUAUAAUAAGAGUUCAUACAGACAGCUUUAUCUUCACCAGUUCAGCAGUCCCUUUUCUUUUUUGUCGGUGAAUAAGCAAAUAAUCGAGCAGCUAAAAAAGAUAAGGGAAAUCAAUAAAGAAAGGGAGAAAAAAAAAUGGCGAACGUAAAGCCCAGAGUCGUGGUAGUCGGCGCCGGAAUGGCGGGUCUCACCGCCGCCAACAAGCUCCACACAUCCACCCACCUGAAGCAGCUUUUCGAGCUCACGGUUGUGGAGGGCGGAAGCAGGAUCGGCGGCCGGAUUAACUCGUCCGAGUUCUGCGGCGAUCGGAUCGAGCAAGGCGCUACUUGGAUCCACGGAAUUGAAGGCAGCCCGCUUUACAAAAUCGCCCAAGAACAAAACCUGCUCCACUCUCACCGCCCAUGGGAGUGCAUGAUCGGCAUCGAUUCCGGCAACCCAACCACCGUAGCAGAAGGUGGCCACCGCCUCAGCCCAUCCACUGUCCACCCCAUUUCCACCCUGUUCAAGAAUCUCAUGAAUCACAUGAGGGGCAAGUCCGUUGAUGAAGAUGGUGACCUCAUCUCUGAAAUAGGGAAGAAUUGCUCUGAUGGUGAAAAUCUGAGUGUUGGUUCUUUUCUCAGGCGAGGUCUCGAAGCUUAUUGGGGAGUUUCGAAAGGUCGUGAAGGUGUCGAAGGGGUCGGAAAUUGGAGCCGGAAAUCGAUCGAGGAGGCAAUUUUCGCGAUGCACGAGAAUAUACAGAGGGGUUACAGUUCUGCGGAUGAUUUAACGGUUCUUGAUUACAACGCGGAGAGAGAGUAUGCGGACGCAAUUUUUCCGGGGGAAGAGAUUACCAUAGCUCGAGGCUACACGAGCCUGGUCGAGUCUCUAGCUUCUGUUUUGCCUUCGGGUACGAUCCAAUUAAAUCGAAAAGUCGAAAAAAUCGAAUGGCAACAAUCGCACGAAUUUGGGCCUGUGAAGCUGCAUUUUAGUGACGGAACGACUCUAUCGGCCGAUCAUGUGAUAGUUACCGUCUCACUAGGAGUCCUCAAAAAUGGGAUUCAUAUGUUCGAUCCACCACUGCCAAUUUCCAAGAAUCGGGCAAUUUCGAAACUCGGAUUUGGUGUUGUGAACAAAGUGUUCUUACAACUACCUCCACACGAACAAGAAACCAAGUCCCCCUUCCUGCAAAUGGUGUUCCGUCAACCGAAUUCCGAACUAAGGCACCCCAAGAUUCCUGAUUGGAUCAGAAAGACAUCUUUGUUAUAUCCGAUCUACACUAACUCGAGCGUUUGGGUGUCUUGGAUAACAGGGAAAAACGCGCUCGAGAUCGAAUCUCUCGAAGAAGCUGAGAUUGCCAAAGGGUUCUCAACAACCACCACGAACUUGCUGUCGUCGAACUCGAAUUCCGGGAAGCGGUUCGAGUUUGUUAAAGCGAUGAGGACCCAGUGGGGGAGUGAUCCUCUGUUUUUCGGAUCGUACAGCUUCGUAGCCGUUGGAUCGAGUGGAGACGACAUGGAUGUAUUGGCUGAGCCACUGAAUCCACAACUUCAGAUUAUGUUUGCAGGAGAAGCCACACACAGAAGGCUGUACUCCACCACUCAUGGAGCUUACUUUAGUGGGCUUAGAGAAGCAAAUAGGCUUCUUGAUUACUAUAACUAUCGCCAUUGAAGCAUUUAUGCAAACAGAUAGAAGGCAUGUUCAUAAAGAAGAUUAUCUACAGUUUUGUGGAAAAGAAGAACUGAAUCAGCAAAAAAGUUGGAUCUUAUGUUAGAGAAUUGAACUUUACAAUUUCUCCGUUCAAAACGAAGUCAACAACCAAAUCGAUUUACAGACGGCGGUCAAACCCCAGUCAACCUUCUUCUUCCUUUUUUUUUUUUUUUUUUCCCCUAAUUAGAGUUGCCCUAAUCCUAAUGUUUCGCUGAGAAACUCCACCCACAUUGGAUCCUCCGCCUCAUCGCCAUAAUCGCCACCGUCGGUUAAAAAUCUGUCCAAAUCCACGUCAGCCUCCCCGACGCUUCCUUCCAUCCACCAGUCACGCGCCUCGGUGGAGUCGAACCACCACGCGCCUCUGUUCCUCCUGGCGCCGCAGACGUCGACGCUGGCCAUGACGGAGGAGUCGGAGUCGGAGAACGAGGAGCCGCAGGACUCCUCGUUGCCGUUGAUGGUGACGUAAGCCGACGAGGACUGGAAAAUCAUCAGCGAAGAGUACGGGUCGUCGAUGAAACGGACCUUCAUCGGCGGCGGAGGCGUGUGGAACAGGUCCAGAAGCUUCGAGAGCUCCAACGCCGUCUCUUCGUCGACGAUGAGCGACGAAGCCAUCACCAAGCUGUCGUCCUCUUCCGCCGUCGUCUCGCCGGAACCAACCGCAGCUCCUCUGCUUCCGUCUUCCAUUUCUUAUCCGAGUGCGUUUUUGUGUGUGAGAGAGAAAGAGAUUAAAAAUUGUAAAUGUUUUUAGCUC